UGUAGCACUCUCUUCAAAUGAAAAAACGGUGCAUUCACGGAAGUACUGGUUACAUAGAUGGGCAUAUGAUCCAGGAAAUGAAAUAUAUUUAUCUAGUAGAGUGAAGUAGUGAACAACAGAAAUGUGCAUGCGUCAAUUUCCAAGUGCCAAAAUCCUCAGAUUGACGCGUGCGCACGACAAUCCCAUUCUUUGUCCACCAAACGGCAUUCCGGGGUGGAGACUGAGGUGCCUCGAUGCUACUGUCAUAACCCGACAAUAUUUACAAAGCUGUCAGACUUCAGAUAUUUUUGUUGCUCUUUCUGAACAGGGUAUGGGCUUCCUGGGAACCAGGGACCACUAAGUUAUGAAGCUCUUUCCUUCCAGACCUUCCCUGUACUCCAGUUACUGUCACAGCCUAAGCUUUACCUGCUGCUGCUCUCCCAACCACCAUCUCUGCUCUCCCAACCACCAUCUCUGCUCUCCCAACCACCAUCUCUGCUCAGCCUGGUACUAGCAGCUUGGCUCAGACUCACUUCAUCACAAAGAAGAGAAAAAAAAGAAAGAGAGAGGGAGAAGAGAUCCCUCCCCAGCUGCCAUCCAGACACACAUGGUGCAUAGCUGCCAUUCUCUAGGCUCCAUCUAUCCCUGUGACCCGGCCUCCAGCUAGCUCCUGGCACACAUCACAUAGCCUAGCCUAGCCCAGGGCCUGCCCAAGGGAUAUAAAUAGGCAGCAUCCAGCUAGUGUGUGGAGUGUGCACUUGUUUCCUUUUUUUCCCAGGUCAUACACACGCCUAGUAGGGGUCACACCCAUUUGUUUUCUGUCUUCCCUCUGCCUGGAGCAGUGGUAGUUAGUGGUGGGACCGAGGAGAGAGUCACGAGGCAGAGACCAUGGAGGUCAAUAUGGAGUAUUGUCUGGCCCAGGUGGUGCAGAAAGACCUGGGGCGGAAGGUGCAGGUGGGACAGGAGCUCAUAGAUUACAUCGUGGAUAAGGAGAAGUCCCAGGACCUGGAGCAAGACCAGACGGCUCUGGACAGGAUGGUGGACGGCAUCGCUACCACCUGGGUCAACUCCUCCAAUUUCAAGGUGGCUUUGCUAGGUAUAGACCUUUUAUCUGCCUUAGUGACAAGGUUACAGGACCGAUUUAGGAACCAUGUGGGAACAGUACUGGCCAGUCUGAUAGAUCGUCUGGGUGAUUCCAAAGACCAAGUCAGAGACCAAGAUCAAAUCCUGCUGCUGAAGAUCAUGGAGCAGGCUGCCUCCCCACAGUAUGUUUGGGACAGAAUGCUGGGAGGCUUCAAACACAAGAACAACAGGACCAGAGAGGGAGCGUGCCUUUGUCUCAUCUCAACUCUCAACAUGUACGGAGCCCAAGGCCUAACCCUCAGUAAAAUAGUCCCUCACAUAUGUAAUCUUCUAGGAGAUCCCACCAGUCAGGUGAGAGACGCAGCGAUGGGCUGCCUGGUGGAGAUCUACAGACACGUGGGGGAGAGGGUGAGGAUGGAUCUUAGCAAGAAGGGCCUGCCACAGUCACGGUUGAAUGUAAUCUUCAGCCGAUUUGAUGAAGUCCAAAGAUCUGGGAACAUGAUCCCAUCCUCAGGUUCAGAUAAGAACUUUGAUGAUGAGGACUCUGUGGACGGGGGCCGGUCCUCCUCCUCUGCAUCGUCCUCCAAGGCGCCCCCCAGUGGUAGGAGGGCUGUAGCUGUGGCUUCUGUCCGCAGGCCCAGCUCUGCCACCGGACCCGGCAAGAUCUCUGCUAAAGAUGCUGCUGCAGGUGCUGUUGAUGAGGAGGACUUCAUCAAGGCUUUUGAAGAGGUUCCUACUAUCCAGAUCCACUCCAACAGAGAUAUGGAGGACAAUCUCUCCAAGGUUCGGGAGGUUCUAUCUGACGACAAAAACGACUGGGAGCACAGAGUCGUCGCCCUGAAGAAGGUGCGUUCUCUGCUCGUGGCUGGAGCCCUGGACUAUGAUAGUUUCCCUCAGCAGCUCCGUCUGCUGGAGGCCCCUCUCAAGCUGUCAGCUAAAGACCUGAGGUCCCAGGUGGUACGAGAGGCCUGCAUCACACUGGGAUACCUGUCCACGUUGCUGGGAAACAAGUUUGACCACUGUGCAGAGACCCUGAUGCCCACACUGCUCAACCUGGUGCCCAACAGUGCCAAGGUGAUGGCCACGUCUGGCAUGGCAGCCAUACGUCUCAUCCUCAGGCACACACACUACUCACGUCUCAUCCCCAUCAUCACUAGUAACUGCACGUCCAAAUCAGUGGCCGUCCGAAGGCGCAGUUAUGAGUUCUUAGAGCUGUUAUUACUGGAGUGGCAGACACACACACUGGAGAGGCACGUGGCUGUUCUGACUGAAACCAUCAAGAAAGGGAUCCAUGAUGCUGACUCAGAGGCCAGAUCGGUCGCGAGAAAGUGUUAUUGGGGUUUCCAUGGCCACUACAGCCGGGAGGCGGAGCAUCUGUUCCAGGCCCUGGAGUCAACCUAUCAGAAGGCUCUGCAGUCUCACCUGAAGAGUUCUGACAGUGUCGUGUCUCUCCCCCAAUCAGACCGCUCAUCCUCCUCCUCACAGGAGAGCCUCAACCGGCCCCUGUCUGUCAAGAGUGCCAUAGGAGGCAGCAUGACAAGGGGUAAGAUGGUGAGUUCCAGGGUGAACUCCAACUCCGGCGGUUCCCUUCAGCGUUCCCGUAGUGAUGUCGACGUGAACGCCGCGGCCAGCGCCAAGUCACGCCUGAUCACCGUGCCCUCCGCUUCUCCCUUCAGCUCAGCAGCUGCCCUGCCCCCAGGCUCCUACGCCUCACUAGAUGGCACACCCGGUAAAAUUGAUACUGGCCGUGUGCGUACGAGGAGAACAAGCUCCGGCAAUGCUGUCGGAGCCAGCUCUACUGUGACUGACAGCAGGGGGCGCAGCCGAGCCAAAAUGAUGUCCCAGUCCCAGCGAUCCAGAUCUGCUAACCCCACUGGGGGUGGUAAGGCCCGGACUUCAUCCAAUCAGACUGGCAGCCGCUCCAGUUCCCCUGGCAAGCUGCUCGGCCACUCGUCUGGGUACGGGAGGAUCAGCAGGCCCCCCUCAGCCUCCAGCACCCCUGCAGACAAGAGGAGCAAGGUCCCCCGCAGCCAGGGCUGCAGUAGAGAUUCCUCUCCCAACAGGCUGGGCCUCGCCAGGCUGUGUGGUAAAGCUCUUGUUCCUGGUACUCCUCUCUCCUCCUACAACACGCUAGCAAGGAGCCGUAUCCCCCGGCCCAGCAUGAGUCAGGGCUGCAGCAGGGACACAUCUAGGGAAAGCAGCCGAGACACCAGCCCUGCUCGGGGCUUCAAGCCUCUUGCCUCCCGACGUACCUCCCGCUCUACCAGCGCCUUAUCCACGGCUGACCCCCACAGCCAGUCAGACCGAUUUGGUUUGAUCCACCAGGCCCGCAUUUCUGCCUCGGUGAACGCCAUGAGAGUCCUCAACACUGGCACUGAGGUGGAGGCUGCUGUGGCUGACGCACUGCUAUUAGGAGACUCCAGAAACAAGCGGAAGCCUAUGAGGCGGCGCUAUGAGUCUCCUGGUAUCUACUCUGACGAUGACGCAAACAGUGAUGCGUCCAGCGCCUGCUCGGAACGGUCGUACGGCUCCCGGAACGGAGGUAUCCCUCACUACCUGCGUCAGACAGAGGAUGUGGCAGAGGUACUCAACCACUGUGCCAGCUCCAACUGGUCUGAGAGGAAGGAGGGACUGCUGGGACUGCAGAACCUGCUGAAGAGUCAAAGAAUACUCAGCCGGGUGGAGCUGAAGAGACUCUGUGAAAUCUUCACCAGGAUGUUCGCAGAUCCACACAGCAAGGUGUUCAGUAUGUUUCUAGAGACUCUGGUAGACUUUAUCCUGGUGCACAGAGAGGACCUGCAGGACUGGCUGUUCGUCCUGCUCACCCAGCUACUGAAGAAGAUGGGAGCUGACCUGCUGGGGUCUGUCCAGGCCAAGGUUCAGAAGGCUCUGGACAUCACCAGGGAGUCUUUUCCGUUUGAUCAGCAGUUUAACAUCCUGAUGAGAUUCAUUGUGGAUCAGACACAGACACCCAACCUCAAGGUGAAGGUAGCCAUCCUGAAGUACAUAGAGUCACUGGGAAGACAGAUGGAUCCUACAGACUUUGUCAACUCCAGUGAAACGCGACUGGCUGUAUCUCGCAUCAUUACGUGGACCACAGAACCCAAGAGCUCUGACGUCAGGAAGACCCUUCAUAACUGGGUGGUGGAGGAGCUAUCAGGCAGGUCCGGUACUGCAGCCUUACUGGAGGGGCACCUGGAAGAGAGGUGUAAGCAGGCGGCCCAGGUGGUGCUGAUUUCUCUGUUUGAGCUGAACACCCCGGAGUUCACCAUGCUGCUGGGAGCCCUGCCCAAGACCUUCCAGGACGGGGCCACCAAGCUGCUCCACAACCACCUCAAGAACUCCAGCAACACCAGCAGCGUGAGUUCUCCCAGCAACACUAUUGGGCGGACCCCACCCCGCCACACCCCCAGCCGGACCAGCCCCCUCACCUCUCCGACCAACUGCUCCCAUGGUGGGCUGUCUCCGAGUCGGUUGUGGGGUGGGUGUUGGAGUGGCGAUGGGCUGUCUAAGCACCCCCCUCCCCCUCAUCCUCCUCCGCCUCCCUCCACCCCCUCUGGCCCCGCCCUCAGGGUCCUCCGCAGAGCAUACUCUCCCAGUAUGUUGGAGUAUGACACAGAGAACAUGAACUCUGAUGAGAUAUACAGCUCCCUGCGAGGGGUCACAGAGGCCAUCCAGAGUUUCAGCUAUCGCAGCCAGGAGGACCUCAACGAACCAAGAGGGAAGAGGGACGAUGCUGUGGGGCGUGAAGGUGUGGCGUCCUCCCCAGGCUCAGAUGCCCGUUUGGGGUUGGAUGUGGUGGAGGGUGGGCGUACGGCCUUGGAUAACAAGACCUCCCUCCUCAACACUCCGUCUCCCCGCUCCUUCUCCGGGCCGCGGGCCAGGGAGUUCGCCCCCUACGGCUAUGGGGACACCAUCACCUCAUCCUACGACAAGAGUGCCCUAAAGGAGGCCGUGUUCGAUGAUGACGUGGAACAGUUCAGAGACUGCCGUCGGCAGGAUGGCAGUGGUGAGAACAAGAUGGUGCUGCCUAAGGGCUUUGCUCCGGGUUCCCAGGACCACUCAGACCUUGUGGCAGAUCUUCUGAAGGAGCUGUCCAAUCACAACGAGCGUGUGGAUGAGCGUAAGGGGGCCUUGGUGGAGCUGCUGAAGAUCACACGAGAGGACAGCCUGGCCGUGUGGGACGAACACUUCAAGACCAUCCUCCUACUGCUCCUGGAGACACUGGGGGAUAAAGACCACACCAUCCGGGCCCUGGCUCUGCGGGUACUGAAGGAGAUCCUGAGAAACCAACCGGCCCGCUUCAAGAACUAUGCUGAACUCACCAUCAUGAAGACCCUGGAGGCACACAAAGACUCCCACAAGGAGGUGGUGCGGGCAGCAGAGGAGGCUGCCUCCACCCUAGCCGGCUCCAUCCACCCAGAGCAGUGUAUCAAGGUGCUGUGUCCCAUCGUCCAGACGGCUGACUACCCCAUCAACCUGGCUGCCAUCAAGAUGCAGACCAAGGUGAUCGAACGCAUCACCAAGGAGUCCCUCCACCAGCUGCUGCCUGACAUCAUACCAGGACUACUGCAGGGCUAUGACAACACGGAGAGUAGUGUUCGCAAGGCCAGUGUGUUCUGUCUGGUGGCCAUCUACUCCGUGAUUGGAGAAGAGCUCAAACCACACCUGCAGCUACUCACAGGCAGCAAGAUGAAGCUGCUGAACUUGUACAUCAAGAGGGCCCAGACGACCAACAGCAACAGCAGCAGUUCCUCGGAUGUGUCCUCACACAGCUAGCUGUAGGAGGGAUCUGCCUGUCUGUACUUUGCAUCUGAAUUAGGGAAUAUGGUGUGUGUCCUAAAUGGCAUCCUAUUCCCUAUAUAGGCCACUACGUUUGGGCUCUGGUCAAAAGUAGUGCACUAUAGUGAAUAUUAUUUCAUUUGGGACACAGUCAUACAGUACCAGUCAAAGGUUUGGACACACCUACUCAUUCAAUGGUUUGUCUUUAUUUGUACUAUUUUCUAUAUUAUAGAAUAAUAGUGAAGACAUCAAAACUAUGCAAUAACACAUAUGGAAUCAUGUAGUAACCAAAAAAGUGUUAAACAAAUCAAAAUUAAUUUUAGAUUGUUCAAAGUAGACACCUUUUGCCUUGAUGACAGCUUUAUACACUCUUGGUAUUUUCUCAACCAGCUUCAUAAAGAAUGCUUUUCCAACCGUCUUGAAGGAGUUCCCACAUAUGCUGAGCACUUGUGGGCUACUUUUCCUUCACUCUGUGGUCCAACUCAUCCCAAACCAUCUCAAUUGGGUUGAGGUCAUGUGAAUGUGGAGGCCAGGUCAAGUUCUUGAAAUUUUCCACAUUGACUGACCUUCAUGUCUUAAAGUAAGGAUGGACUGUCGUUUCUUUGAUGAUUAUAUUUGAGCCCAUAAUAUGGGCUUGGUCUUUUAGCAAAUAGGGCUAUCUUCUGUAUACCAACCCUACCUUGUCACAACACAACUGAUUGGCACAAACGCAUUAUAAAGGAAAGACAUUCCAGAAAUGAACUUUUUAACAAGGCACACCUGUUAAUUGAAAUGCAUUCCAGGUGACUACCUCAUGAAGCUGGUUGAGAGAAUGCCAAUUGUGUGCAAAGCUGUCAAGGCAAAGGGUGGCUACUUUGAACAAUCUCAAAUAUAAAGUAUGUUUUUUGGUUACUAUAUGAUUCCAUGUGUUAUUUCAUAGAUUUGAUGUAUUCACUAUUAUUAUAAAAUGUAGAAAAUACUAAAAAUAAAGAAAAACCCUUGAAUGAGUAGGUGUGUCCAAACUUUUGACUGGUACCGUAGUUGUGCCUCUUCCAGACCUCUCCAUUCCUGAGAUUCUCUCCCCUUCACCACGGUGGAUUCCUCCGGAUGACCCUCUGCUUCAAUCACAACUUCUGCUCCCGGCCUUUUCUUUAUUUUCUCUCCAGUGAACUUGUCCUUUCAUUUGUCAUCGAAUUUCUUUCUCCCGUUUUGUCAAUUUUUUAAAUUGUUUAUAUAUAUGUGAGGUCUGGGUAUAGGGUGGUUUAACGCUUUUUAAAUUCUCUAUAAGAACGAAUGGGGGUCAAGCUACUGUACAUCUACGGCAACACUCUAUUUCACUGACAUUUUUCAUAAUGUAACUUUGGAUGCUUAUUUGGUUGAGCAUUCAAAAAGUAACAGGAGGGGAAAGGUGAAACCAGGAGUUAUGAUAUGGUCCAAUAACAAUGAUAUGGUCUAAUAGCAAAUAAUGCCCUGAAAUUGAUUCAGAAACAAAGAAAAAAACAUCCCUUUAAAAUGCAGUUGUACUGUAGUUGGACGAAUGAAUUCCUUCACAUUUAACAAGGAAGGCCAAUUGAGGUCAGAAUACCUCUUUCCCAUGGGGACCACAUGGCAUUCAGUUUGUGAUAAACUAAGAAUCAUAUGGCUGGCCCAGUGAUGAUACAAAGCCCUGAUAUAAACCAGGUUGAAGACUUGUGUUUGGGAACAUUGAAAACCAAAUAUGGCAGCAAUUGAAAUUAGUAGAAUGAGUAGUAAUCUCACGUUUUUCUUUAUAAACUGAGGGAUGAUGUUAUGAAAUCCUAUAAAAAGUGUUAGAAGAAAUGUUUGAACAUUUUUAAUUUGAACAUUUUAAGUUAGCCAAUUAUGAAGCCUCACUUACGCCCAGGUAGGCAAACGUUAUAUUUUAUUAUUAUCUAUUCGUUUGUGAGAAAUUACGGCGGAAACAUUGUCAGAGACCAAUUUGCAGCUAAUAGUUUGGUUCUAACCUGAGAAAUAAAUACUGUAUUAAAUAAAAAUACCGUAAAUACAUUUAAUAAAAUCUACAUUUUUUUCAACACAAAAUGAUCACUAAAAUGUAAAGCUGUUCAAAAUGUUUUAACUUUUUUUUGUGAAAUAAGGAUAGAGAGAAAGAUGCAACUGUGUUUCUGUCUUACUCAUAAUAAAUGAUGGUUGAGGUUAACUCCAUUUGGAUUUGUCAAAUAAAGAACAUUAUUUAGGGAAGAAAAGACAAUAUUACAUAAAAUGUAAAAAAUCCCUGAAUCAAUCAAGUGAAAUUGAAUGGAUCCCUCCCAACUCCUAAAAUUACAAUGAGUGUUCUCAACCUAUUCAAUGACCAUGUUGCUAAUGAUGUCAGACACUGAAUGAAUUGGCCAUUAUCAGUCAUGACAACAAACAAUCCAGUGUCACAUUUAUUUAUUACCCCCCUUUUUCCACCUGUGUAGCCAGAUUAUGGCAUUUAACUUGUUAACUAUGACGCUGCUUAUAAUGUGUACUUGUCUGAUGAGUAAAAACUCUACACUUGUAGAUAAUGCGAAAGUUACAUGCUCGGUUUCGGAAGGAGAUCAGUGCAUUCAUUGAGACAGAAUCUAAAGAAACUACAGGCUGGUUUCCCGGACACAGAUUCAUUCUAGUCCUGGAUUAGAAACUAUUCUCAAUACAGAAUAUCAAUUGAAAGUGUGUUUUAUAAUCUUAAUCUGUGUCCAGGAAACCGGCCCUACCAGGCCUUAUGUUCAUUUUCCUAAAUAAUGUUUGGAUCACUUGUACUGUUGAAAGAAGAGGAUGGAUGUACAUACAGAAGUUCUCAGAUCUUAAAAAUGUGAAACCAUUACCCCAUGAACUACACUCAACAGGCUUGCAAACAGAUACAAUCAUAUUCACCAUGAUGAUGCAAAUAUAAGUUGUUUAUAAUAAUACAGUAUUACACACACCUUCCCUUCACCUAACUACAGCUUCUGCAAUAAAGAAAAUACCAUGAUGAGCAAACUAAGUAUUUUGUACAUAACUUUUGAUCAAUCACCGCUUCGCAACUUUCAUGAAUUGAAAUAAAAAGGUUGGCUGUCUCACUUUGUUGCUCGUUAGCGAAUUAGCUUGCAUGUUUUUGGGCACACAUCCCAUUUGUGCUGCCUUAAAUCGAUGGGUCCUGUUUUGGCUGUUGAAGUGCACUUGUAACCUCAUCAGUUUGGUCAGCCUUUACAACAAUUAAGUUAUUAUUUUGGUAGGGGAGGAAGACACCUGGCCGCAAUACACUCACUGAGUUCUGUAAAUUGACCAAAACUUAAGUCUGUCUGCCCUAGACAAUUAUGUACACUGUACAGGGCAUAACCGGCUCAAAAUGCCAAGCAGACAUGCACUGUAAAAGCAUCCUAGUUGUCCUUUAGUAAAGUACUACAUAUUUGGGCAUGUGGCUUUAUAAGACGCUGUGUGUGUACCUUGGUACUUAAGUACAGUAUCUGGCAACGAUUCCCAUCUGCUUAACAGUUUCAAAUCGCAAAAGAAAUGUUUUUGUUUUCAAAUGGGGCCCAUCAUCCUUUUACAAGUAUGUUAAUUGUAUUUUAUUAUGUGUAAGGGAGAAGCCAGUCAUUGUGAUACAGACAUAAAGUACUGUAUUGGCUGAUGACUCAUGAAGAUCUGGCUCAUUUAAAGUCCACAUGACCUACUGAUUGAUGAUGGUAUUCCUAGAAAUCUGUUCACUAUGCAUGUUAUUAUUUGUGUUUGUUUUGUCAUGUAAGAUUCAUAUCUGUAUUUAUAUCAUUGUUUUAUUUAGAUUUUCAUGACAACUUGUACAGAAGGGUUUCGUUAACAUCCACCUGUGAUAGAUGAUUUGCAACAAUGUACAUUUGUUUGCUCUAGAAAUAAACAACCAUGAAAGUUGA